AUGCUUGAACGAAAGUUAACGAUUAUUUUUGCAAUAGCUGGCAUUGCAAGUGCUCUCGGUUUUAUUUGUGGCGUUGCACCAGGAUUUUACACUAGCAGUUAUGGCUUAUUUGGCAUUGGUUUGGGUUUAUUGCUGUUUCUCUCUGUUCUUCUGACUGUUGCAACCGUUAUUUUUCAAUAUCAGAACAAAGACCAAGUCUUGCCGAUUUUUUCGACAUGUUUUAAUAUCUUUGAUAAAAGAUUAUCGCGAGAUGAAAUCAUCUCGAUCAAUUUGACGAAUGUUCUACUAUUUAUUGCUGGUAUUUUUCUUGGUGUACUUUGCGAAUUAUUACUCAAAGCUCUUAGUACUCCGGUAGCAAUUCAUAUUGUUAUAGUAGCCAUACUCAUCUUCGCUCUAUUAAUACUUUUCAUCAUUAUCGUAAUAGUAGCGUAUAAAGAUUUGAAUAAAUUAACACCACAAAAUAUUGAACGGAAAUCAACGUUAGUUGAGCCGAAUCGAAUAGCAGGUGAACCAACUCCCGAGUCAAAACUAUUAACUAAACCACAAGACGGACCAAAAAAUACAGCUGCACGAGUAAAUCGUUAUCAUCCACGUCUUGUCGAGGAUGAUUUGAAAUCUACAUGGUUUGCACCUUCCCGUAACGAGCCAAUGAUGCAUUCGAAUAAUAAUUAUUUCAAUAGACAAAAGCCACCUUCUACUGUACAACAAGAAUAUCAGAAACUGUUACAUCCAUCGCCGCAUUUUUUUGUUAAUGAUAAAGUAUUUGUUAACGAUCAACAACUAGCACAGAUAAUUGGAGUUGAAGAUAUGAAUAUUUAUCGGCUUCAAUAUCUUGAUACUGGUUUAAUCGAUUUGAGAAAUGGUUCAGAACUUCGAAAAGCAUUACCAUUAGUUUUUUAA